AUGGAUCGAAAUAAUCCAAAUUUAAGAAGAAAUUUGAAUUUUCAAAAUAUUCCAAACUCUCAAAAUAAUUCAAAUAAUCCUCUUUUUGAUCCAAAUAUCCUCAAUAAUCCUCAAUUUCAAGCUGCUUUACAAUGGUUUGGUAAUCAACAAAGACCAAUGAAUCCAAAUGAUACAACCCAAUAUCACCAACAUUUUUCUCAAGAUAAUCCAUUAUUUCCCAUGUCUCAACAUUUUACCCAACCUAUGGACCAUUCUCCAAGAGGAGAUGGUAGCACGAACGCAACUCUAACUGAAGAGGUACGAGAAGCGCAACAUCUAGAGGAUCUUGUUGAUGUUGUCGUUGAAGUUUCUCCUGAAGAGACUAUGCCGAGGAAUUCAUGGAGUGUAGCAGAGGAUAACGCACUUGUUUCGGCUUACAUCAACACCGGGGGAAAUGUUACAAAAAAAAAUACAAAAAUGACUAAGGCUGGAUUUUGGGUUGCAGCUGGUAAAUUUUACGAACAAGCACGACUUGCAAAUCCUGAUGAGCUCCAGAAGAGGAGGAAUACUAAGUCCUUACAACAACGUUGGGAUCACAUUAAUUUUAAUGUGAACAAGUGGGUAGAGGUAUACAGUUACGAGAUACGACAUUCGAAGAGUGGACAAUCAGAUGUAGAUGUUGAAAAACGUGCACACAAUGCUUUUGCAAUGGCGAAGAAAGGUAAACAUUUCCAUUUGCAACAUUGUUUUGAAGUUAUGCAAAAUUUUCCAAAAUGGGAUCCAAAUGAGGUCAUGCAAUUACCUGCUGAAAGCGGAGGAAGUGCAAAACGAUCUGAACCAGAAUCACCAACUGUUGAAGGUGGAAAACCACGAACUCGACCAGAUGGCAUAAAAAAGACGAAGAGACUAGCAAUGGAAUCUAGUUCUUCGUCUUCAUCUAUAAACCUUGAUUCCUUCAAUACAACUCUUGAAGAAUGUAGUGACAACAGGUAUGACCAAGGAGAACGAAUGAUUGACUUAAUAAGAGAGCAAGGUAAAGAAAGGAAAAGGCAAAAGGAAGAGGAGAUGAAGAUCAAAAUGUUAAAUAUGUUGAUGAUGAAACCUAACCUUGAUGAAUUUGAGGUAGAAAUGUACAAGAAGCUUAAAGAGGAAUUUAGUAAUAGGUUCUUAUGA